GCGUUGAGGCGGUGAUAGCCUUCGUCCACAAUUGGGGAAAAUAAUCCAACCAAGCCAGAAGAAGCCGUUCCAUGGCGGCCACGCGCCUUCGCCUUCACCUCUGCCCCCGCCUCCGCGCCUUCGCGUCCUCGUGUCGUCCCCUAUUCGCGACCCACCCUAGGACCCUGCCCCUACCACGGACCGGUCCGGCCAUUCCGCUUGCUGCCCGCACCCGCCGCGGGUUCGGCUCCUCCCUCGCCGCUGGCCCGCCUGCCGAGGACGACGACUUCGCCACAGCUGCGGACCUCCAGUUCGAGCCGCCGCUCAAGGUCGUGAAGUACCCCGACCCCGUCCUGCGGGCACCCAACAAGCGCAUCAACACCUUCGACAACAACCUCCGCACCCUUGCGGACGAGAUGUUCGAUGUCAUGUACAAGACUGAUGGCAUUGGUCUCUCGGCACCGCAAGUUGGAGUGAACGUGCAGCUCAUGGUAUUUAACCCUGCUGGGGUGGAGGGGGAAGGAGAGGAGAUUAUCCUUGUCAACCCGGUUGUCUACAAGUUUUCAAAGCGAUUAUUAGUGUAUGAAGAAGGGUGUUUGUCGUUCCCUGGGAUACAUGGCAACGUGCUGAGACCAGACACCGUUAAAAUUGCUGCUCAAGAUGUUACCGGGGCAAAGAUCAAAGUUAGAUUGUCAGCUCUGGCUGCAAGAGUUUUCCAGCAUGAGUUCGAUCAUUUGCAGGGGGUUCUUUUCUUCGACCGAAUGACUGUGGAUGUUGUUGAUAGCAUACGUGAGGAGCUGAAGAAGCUGGAGGACAAAUACGAGGAAACAACAGGACAAGCAAGCCCUGAAACUAUUGAAAACUACAGAGGGACAAAGGAUGUCAUUAGUUUUUCAAGAUGAUGACUUUUGGUUCUGCAAAUUUACCAAAUGCUUCAAGCCAAGCUUCACAUUGAAGAGUUUGUAGAACAGUUGGUUAUGCCCGUUAACACAUACUGCUGUCAUUCUAGUUUUGGUAGUUCCGCUAUGUCUAGCUAUCGUGCAAUGUCAGUGAAAUGACAAACAGAAUAGUUACUAUUUAUGAAUGAAGUAUUAUUUCAAAGGAUUAAUGUCUGAAAGGAUUUUUGUUUGCAUAUCAUGAUAUUUAGGAAAUACCGUACUUUCUCUUUA